AUGUCUGAUACCGCUUCACCUUUGACUGGCACAGACUCACGGCUUGGUACCAUGCCUCCCGAGUCUACGGCCCCCUCUUCAGCCGCAAGUGACAUUGCACUUGACGACACCAAGCCCGCCAAUGGAGUAAACGAAGGAACUGUACAAGAUGGGGAUGUCGAUCCUGCCUCGAAUAUCGAGGACCUCGACCAUAACACUAAGCAGCUGAUGGCUUUAUUGCGCACAAGCUCAGUGUUUGUUGCAAUCAUGUCCGAAAAGAUGAAAAAGCAGCAAGAGGAAGCACGUCAGCAAGCCGCAGCGCGAAAAGUGGAGACUCCGGAGAAGCAAGCACCUCAGCGACAGGCCUCCCAACGCCGCCAGACGCGACACAGCAAGACGCAAGAUAACUCCCCAGAGGAUAAAUCCACAGAUACACCGGCAGAUGUGCCUCCAGAGGGCGAGCCUUUCUCUAAGAGAGGACGAGGUCGCCCCAAGAAAAACGCCGGUAAAGGAGGUAUUGCGAAUUACUUCCAGAAGGCCAAAGUUGAGGUGCCGAAUGAUAAUCCCACGGUGCCUGAGGCACUGAAGCAGGCGGCUGAAGAGUUUGAGGAUAAGCCCACUGUCCUUGGAGAGCAAGAGCUUGUGGCCACACAACAGCCCAAGCUCGUCUCAGGUGGCCAGAUGCGGACUUAUCAAUUAGAAGGCCUGGAAUGGCUGAAGACUCUUUGGAUGAAUGGGCUGUGUGGUAUCCUCGCGGACGAAAUGGGUCUUGGAAAGACGGUACAGGCAAUCUCCAUGAUUGCUUUCAUGAAAGAGAAUGGUGUUUCUGGUCCUUUCUUAGUCGUUGGGCCCCUCAGCACGGUCAGCAAUUGGGUCGAUGAGUUCAAGAGGUGGACUCCCGACAUCGAAACCGUCAUGUACCACAGUAGCAAUGGCAAGGCGGGACGUGAGGCCAUUCGGAGGAAGUUUAUGAAUCCCAAAAAACAGGCCGAUAUGGACUUCCCUGUUGUUUGCACUUCGUAUGAGAUGUGUAUCAACGACCGCAAAUUUCUCGGGCAGUAUCAGUGGCGGUACAUCGUCGUGGACGAAGGUCAUCGAUUAAAGAACAUGAAUUGCCGACUGAUCAAGGAGCUAUUGACUUAUCCUUCUGCGAACCGUCUCUUAAUUACCGGCACCCCCCUUCAAAACAACAUUUCUGAGCUCUGGUCAUUGUUGCAUUUCUUAUUGCCUGAUGUUUUUAAUGACCUGGACAGCUUCGAAAGUUGGUUCGAUUUCUCGUCUGUUCUGGACAAAAACAGCCAAGCGGAUCUCAUUGAGAAGCGAAAGCGCAAUUUGGUCUCCAGCAUGCACGCAAUUCUUAAGCCGUUCCUGCUUCGCCGUGUCAAGACUGAUGUUGAGCAUUCUCUCCCAAAGAAACGGGAGUACAUUUUGUAUGCCCCAUUGACUUCAGAGCAGAAGGAGCUGUACAGAGAGAUCAUUAGUGGUACUGGCCGCCAAUAUUUGGAGGCAAAGGCUUUGGAGCGUCUGAAUGCCAAGAGCGCGACUCAAAACCAGUCUCAAGGAAAGAAGCGUCGCCGUGAAAGCUCCCCGGAAAGUGCUCCUAAUAAAAGCGCAAAGACAAAUGGAAAGAAAACACCGACCAGGCAUAUUGCCUCUGGUCGCCGACGCUCUGUUCGCACAUAUAAGGACAUCAGCGAUGAGGAAUUUGACUCAAAGCUGCGAAAUAUGGAGAUGGGGGUGGACGACGAAGAAGAGGAAGAGGAAGAGGAAAGUGAGGGGGAAUUGGAGCACAAGGAGCAUUUGAAGAACCUGCAGCUCGCGAAGAAGGAAAUUAGCCAGAAGAAGAUGCAGAACCCAGUUAUGCAAGCUCGCAUGGCCUGCAAUUCUCCACACAACUUCUACUGGCCUUGGGAUGGAGAGGUUGACGAGUCCCUGGUAUCUGCCUCUGGCAAGAUGCAGCUUCUGGACCGUCUCGUCCCUGACCUUUUGAAAAGGGGCCACAAGAUCUUAAUCUUCUCCCAAUUCAAGGUGCAGCUGGAUAUCAUCCAGGAUUGGGCUACUACCCUUCGCUCCUGGGAGUGCUGCCGUAUUGACGGCGCAAUCGCGCAGGCCGAUCGCCAGGCUCAAAUUAAAGCUUUCAAUACAGAUAAGAACGUUAAAAUUUUCCUGCUAAGUACUCGAGCUGGUGGCCAGGGUAUCAACCUCGUCGCAGCCGAUACAGUCAUCCUCUUUGACUCCGACUGGAACCCGCAGCAAGAUCUGCAGGCUCAAGACCGAGCCCAUCGCAUCGGUCAAAAGAAGCCGGUUAUUGUCUACAGGCUUGCGACCAAGGGAACUGUCGAGCAGACUCUGCUGGAGAAAGCAGAUUCCAAGCGUCGUCUUGAGCGGCUGGUUAUUCAGAAGGGUAAGUUCAAGUCUCUUCUGGAUAAUAAUGCCAAAUCAGAAGAUAUUGAGGAGCUUCGGAAAGUUCUUGGUGAGGAUGAAUUUGAGCGAUUUGAGGCUGGAGCUGAUCCUGCCUCAAUUCUUUCCGAUAAAGACUUGGAAAUCCUUACUGAUCGCAGUGAGGAAGCUUAUGUUCGUGCCGAGAAGGGUCUCGAUCAAAGUGGUCCGGCUUUCGUUGCUGUUGAGACCAAGCGGGAUGCGGGUGAGACACUUUUGGGUUGA